CUGUGUGUGAAAUUUACGAUUAAAGCACAGAGAGACAAAUAUUCCCAUUUUGAGAUCCCCAAAACCUGGAUUACUCUCAGUAUUUAUAAGGAGGCUACACUAAGGAGCUCUCUCUCCCCAAGUGUGCGCCGAGGAGCUUGGCAGGUGUUCGCUCGCGAGAGAGCUGGUCGCUUCACUCAGUCUGCACCCAGAGCUUCAACAGAGUGCUGUGGGGCUACGGAAAGAAACGUCAGCUUUGAGAAUCACACGCCCCGACAAAAGACAGAAGCCCGAAAGAAAUUUGUGGAGCGGCUGCGAGUCAAAGGACUACCGCGGAGGACUGGUGACAAGUCUGGGAUAACAGCGGCUGUCAUAGUGAAAGGGCACACUGACGCAGCGGAAGAGCACAGAGACCCGACUGUGCCUCCGCCGCUCAAAAACCAACUUUUGCCCUCUUCUAAAAAAACAAAACAAAACAAAAAAACUCUUCCUGACCAUUACAAGCCCAAAAGAUAUCAACUGUGACCGAAGAACUCAAAACAAGGUAUUUAAUCUCACUCUUUUGGUUUUAAUGCUAACCUGUUGUGCCACCGGUAGUGCCCGCCAAGCACAUCCGAGGAAGGCUACACCACUUGGGGGAGAGUGACACGUCUCUGCAACCGGACUAAUAACUUACCCAGUAAGUGCAAUCAACUGAUCUCUCAUAACAACAUUCGGAGACUCAACGGACCCCCACUCCCCCCAAAAGGCUGUUCUCCGAAUCAAUCACGGAAUCGAUCCCUGGAGAGAGGCUUAAUUCGGGCAAAAUUUACGUCCUUCAUUACAACAGCAGAGAUCCGCGGAACAAAUUCCCCUGUGACAAUAAAACAAGCCUUGGACAAAGUGGGAUUGGAGGUCGAUAACAGAAAGUAAGACGAUAAGACUACACACUUAAAUGUAUUAAUUCAGCGCGCCGAUCAAUCCACAUGGAAGCGAGGUGCACCGGCCGUGCGACGGUACACGCGGACUCUGAUACUACACGUCCAUAUCACCGGGUGCUCUAACCGAGAAGUCUUGCUGCCUUAGUGGUUCCCAUCCUCCCCAUUUGACUUUUUGAACACCGCGGCCGACUGAAGUCACCCGCCGUGAGCCGCACCAGAACUUCCGGAUCUGGGACUUUGUGUGUACAUUCCCGGGAGUGGACACUGCUGCCCGAGGCUCCCGUAUGUUGGAAUUUUGUCGGUUCACUGGCUCCCCGGAGGUCUUCUCUACAGGGAGUGAGAGGAUGCUGAGAGGCAUGCGGUCGCCUCUUCUUUACCUGCUACUACUCCUCAGCUGCAGCUGCCACAUGUUGCACGGCCAAGAGGUGGCACCCUAUCUGCGAGGGGUCGGCCUGAGGCAACAAGUGGUACUGGAGGGAAACAGACUGGUGCUGACCUGCUUGGCUGGUGGCAGCUGGCCACUGCAGUACCGCUGGUCUCUCAACAGCAGCAACAUCACGGACUGGACGCCGCAGUACAGGCUGUUUGUGCCGUCGCUGCAGAGGACAGAUGCUGGCCUUUAUCAAUGUACAGUGAGGAACAGGAUGGGCGCCAUUAUUCAUGGGAGAACGGAGGUGCAAGUUGCCUUUAUGGGAAGGUUCUCAGGUGCAGAGCAGAGAACGACAGCCAGCCAAGGCCAUGCUGCUGUCAUCAGCCCACCUCCCCUGGCAUCCUUCCCUCAACCUUUGGUCACUUGGUACAAAGACGGGCACAAGAUUAUUCCCAACAAUCGAAUAACCAUCACCUUGGAUAAUCAGCUGGUUGUCCUAGCAACUACCACAGCGGACGCGGGACGCUAUCACGUGGAGGCCGUGAACGAGAUGACGGGCGAUAAUGUGACCAGUCCCGCCAUGUACUUGAGCAUCUCAGUGGGCAAGAAGAGCCGUGGGUCAACAGAUUCUGAGACCGAAGUUGAUCCUCCAGCCAUUGUGAUCGAACCUAAAAAUACAACAGUCCUUGCAGGGGCUACAGCCAUCCUGGAGUGCAUUGCUAAUGCCAGAGAUGUGGACAGCCUACUUAUGGUGUGGAAACGCGAUGGAAAUCCCUUUGCCAGUGGGCGGCGACUGGUGAUUCCCGCCAUAGCUUCCUCAAAUGGUGGCUUGUAUGUUUGCGAAGCUCUGCUUGGCAACAGCACCACCAAAGCUGCCGAGGCCAGGGCGCACCUCUUUGUGAUUGAGCCACCUUCUCUGUCUGCUCAGCCUCAUUUGACGAUUUCUGCUCAGAUCGACAAAAAUGUGGAUAUUCCCUGCUUGGCCACAGGUGUGCCUCCACCCAGAAUUGAGUGGUACAAGGACGCUGUGCCCCUGUCCAAGCUAGCCAACCCUCGCUAUAAGAUCAACAGCGCAAUGGGCCUGACGCUGCGCCGAGUGCAGCCAGGGGACAGCGGGAUCUUCCAGUGCUUUGCCCGCAAUGCCGCAGGAGAGACGCAAGCCCAUGCGCAGCUACUCGUCUCCAAUGUGCCUCCUUCCUUCUCCGUGCACCCCUCCAACAUAACCGUAACUGAAGGGAACACCGCUGUGUUUAUAUGCCAGACGAAUGGCGCCCCAAAGCCUGCCAUAACCUGGAGGAAAGGAUUGCAGGUUUUAGCAAGUGGGUCUGUGCAAGUGUCCAGGUUCACACUGUUGCAAUCAGGUAGCUUGCAGGUUCAACCCGUCAACUUCCAGGAUUCAGGAGAAUACACCUGCAUUGCUUCUAAUUCGGACAGGACCAUCAACGCCACAGCCGCGCUAACUGUCUGGAGUCGGACCGUCAUCUCUGAGCCCCCGUCAGAUCUGCGUGUAAUCAAAGGCACCACAGCUUUUUUGGCCUGCAAUGCAACACAUGACCCCAGAGUCAAUGUCAGCUUCAAGUGGGAUCGAGGCGGCGUGCCUAUCCUUACCAGCAGUGGGGGGCGUGUCUCUGUACGCCAUGGCUCUCUCACCAUUGGCCAGACAUGGUCAGGUGACAUUGGGGAUUACACCUGCACUGUGACCUCAAAGGCCGGCAACGAUUCCCGCUCUGCGCGUCUGGAAGUCAUUGAGCUGCCACACUCUCCUCGCUCCCUGGUGGCACUUCUCAAUGACUCCGAUUCACGCUCAGUCCUGCUUUCCUGGCUGCGCCCGUUUGACGGAAACUCUCCGCUUCUCUACUAUCUGUUGGAGCUCUCGGAGAACAACUCUCCAUGGAAGGUCUACCUGUCCGAGGUGGAUCCUACUGUGACCAACAUAUCAGUGGGCGGACUCACACCUGCCCGGACUUAUCAGUUCCGACUUUGUGCUGUCAAUCAUGUGGGUCGGGGUCAGUACAGCGCAGAGACGCAGCGGUUGAUGCUGAGAGAGGAGGCUCCGAGUGCACCCCCAAAAAACAUUGUGGCCAGCGGGCGGACGAACCAGUCUAUUAUGGUCCAGUGGCAGCCUCCUCCAGAACCGCAGCUUAAUGGCGUACUCAGAGGAUACAUGCUCAGGUAUCGUCUAGCAGGGCUUCCGGGCGACUACCAAGAGAAGAACAUCAGCAGUCCAGAGACCAACUACUGUUUGCUGAAGGAGCUGAUCAUCUGGACCCAGUACCAGAUCCAAGUGGCUGCCUACACGGGCGCCGGCCUCGGCGUCUACAGCAGUCCCGUUACUGAAUAUACGCUGCAAGGAGUUCCCACUGCGCCUCCACAAGAAGUGGAAGUGUUGGCUAUCAACUCCACUACUAUCCGCUUCACAUGGAACUCACCACCUCAGCAGUUCAUUAACGGCAUCAACCAGGGAUAUAAGCUGCUAGUCUGGCCAGAACAGGCUCCUGAGGAUGUCACCGUGGUAACCAUCACCCCAGACUAUCCCAGCUCGCGCCACACGGGCCUGGUGAGCGGACUGAAGAAAUUCACCUGGUACUUCAGCUCAAUACUGUGUUUCACAACACCUGGAGACGGACCACGCAGCCCUCCUAAACUGCUCCAAACACAUGAAGACACCCCUGGACCUGUCCGUCAUUUGAGUUUCACCAAAAUCUUGGACACGUCCGUGCAAGUCAGUUGGGCAGAGCCUGAAGAAAAGAAUGGCAUUGUUACUGGGUACAUGCUGUGGUGGGAGGUGUCUGGCGUGCAAUCCAGACGUGAGGAGCGAGCCCUGUCCAAUUCCACCUUGCAAUACCAGCUAACGGGCCUCACCUCCACCACUACGUACAUUCUGAAGGUGGCCGCCCUCACUGCUGCCGGACGGGGCGUUGUCACAUCGUCCAACAUCUCCACGGGCGUUCCCCCAGAACUUCCUGGUGCACCCUCAAACUUGAUCAUCUCCAACAUCAGCCCUCGGGCCGUGACUCUACGCUUUCGACCCGGUCCUGACGGGAAGACCGCUAUCUCCCGUUGGAUUGUAGAAGCCCAGGUGGUGAAGCAGGAUGGCACUGAAGACUCAUGGAGGGUAGUUUACCAGCUGGACAACCAGGCAGGUGCUGACAGUCUGGAGAUACCCAACCUCACUCCCUUCACUCAGUAUAGAUUUAGGAUGCAGCAGGUGAACAUUGUGGGCUCCAGCCCUCUGAGCGACCCCUCCAGGCUUAUCCAAACCUUACAGGCUGCCCCUGACACACACCCAUCUGACCUCACAGCACGGUCUACUACGCAGACCGGCAUUUGCUUCAGCUGGAAGCCUCUCCCUGAGUCAGAGUACAACAGCAGCCCGGAGACGGUGGGAUACCGGCUUCGCGUACGCAGGACAGACGGCCUGGCAGAGGACCGGACCGUGGAGGUCGAGGGUGCCGCGGGUGAGGUCACAAUGGAAGGCCUGGAUCCUUGGACCCACUACCGGACCCGGAUACAGGCCUACAACUCCAUUGGACCCGGCCCCUGGAGCGAUGCUGUCUCUGCACGCACAGCUGAAUCUGUCCCAUCAGGAUCUCCUGUCAAUGUGACUGCUGAUGCCGUGAGUUCCUCCAAAAUUCUGCUCAUGUGGUCUCCCGUUCCCCAAAUGAAGCGGAAUGGGGCCAUCCUCGGAUACAAGGUCUUUUAUUCUGAGAAGGACUCGGAACAACCCCCCAGUGUAGUUUUGGCGGAAGGAGAGCGGAAUGUAUCGCUGCUUCUCGGCAUGCUGAGGAAGUACACGCUAUACACGCUGCAGGUGUUGGCAUACACACGGAUGGGAGACGGACCCCCCAGCAGCCCUGUGCUGCAGAGGACCAAAGAAGAUGUCCCAGGGUCACCUGUCAGGGUGGUGUUUCCAGAGGUCCACUUGUCAUCAGCCAGGGUGGUGUGGGAGCCUCCCACAAAUCCGAACGGCAUCAUAUUAGGCUACCAGAUCGCCUAUCGCCUGGAGCACAGAGACAGUCAACAGUGGACCACGGUGGAGGUGGGCUCCAAUGGACGUCAGUUCACUGUCACAGGACUCACCCCAGAGCAGACCUACGUGUUCCAGCUGGUAGCACGAACCGCCGUAGGCUGGGGCCAAGAACACGUUGCCUUGGUGGUCACCACGGAAAGAAGAGAGCGUCCACAGCCACCUAGGAAGUUGUCAGUUCCACAGGAUGGGGUGGAAGCACGUCGGCUGCGCCUUCACUGGGUUAUGGGCAGCUCUGGUUCCUCCCCAGUAAGAUACUUGACCGUACAAAUUAAAGAGCUGCCCGAUGGCGAUUGGAUCCCAAAUACAGCAGAUAUCCCACACAACGUAACUGUCUGGACAAUUGACAGGUUGAAGCCCUUCACCUCAUACAGACUGCGGAUGCUGGCUACCAAUGACAUCGGACACAGUGUCUUCAGUAAGGAGACUGAUGCUGUCACAACAUUGCAAGAUGCUCCUGAUGAGCCGCCUGAGAUCAUCACAGUUAAACCAUCAACAACGACCUCCAUCUUGGUCCAGUGGAAGCGGCCGAGUGACGAUCACAUCAACGGUGUGCUGACGGGAUACCGGCUGUAUUACCGAGAGCUGCCGUUUAACUCGUCUUCCUCUGUCGAUAAUGUCCAGCAAAGCAAAAGCAGCACAGACGCCCACAUUACAACCAAGAGCACCUUCAAGACAGUCAGCAGCUCCUCGCUAACAGAGUUUGAGUUGACACAAUUGAAGAAGUUCAAGCGCUAUCAGAUUGUCAUGACGAGCUACAACAUCGUCGGCGAGAGUCCUCCUUCUGAACCCGUCGAGGUGUCCGUUGGAGAGGCAGCUCCAUCGGUGGCCCCGCACUCCAUCCGAGUGUCAGCCAUGUCUCCCUCCAGCCUGGAAGUGAGCUGGGACACGCCCCCUCUGGAGACCCAGAAUGGACUCAUCCAAGGAUACAAGGUACACUACUGGCAGAAGGGCAGGCAGAACCAGACAGAGAAGGUGAAGGUGAUUUUUGUACCGGACACCCGCAUGCUCCUGAGUAACCUAAGCAGCUACACAAAUUACUUGGUCACUCUCACCGCCUUUAACACGGCUGGAGACGGACCGCCCAGCGACCCACGCGGUGCACAAACCCUACAGUCGGCCCCCAGCAAGCCAAGCUACCUCUCCUUCUCUGAGGUGACGGAAGGGAGCGUCAACGUCUCAUGGGGGACUCCUUUAACCCCCAAUGGCCUGCUGGAGGGGUACCAGGUCAUCUACCAACCCACUGCUCCGGUGCAAGGCGUCAGCAAAGUGGUGACGGUGGAUGUGAAGGGCAGCUGGCAGCGAUGGUUGAAGGUUCGAGACCUGGUGAAAGGAGCCACAUACACGUUCACAGUCCAAGCCCUCACCGUCAGCUACGGACCCCCGAUACGUGCAAACAUUACAGCAGAGCCUGUGAAAGGCGCACCCGGGUCGCCUGCAGAAAUCUCCAUCACAAAGGAGUCCUCCUCACUCACCAUCCACUGGGCAGAGGGCGACAACGGGGCUGCGCCCAUAAGCGGUUACGUGAUCGAGUCGCGUCCCUCAGAUGAGGGUUUGUGGGACUCUUUCAUCCGACUGCUGUCUCCCGGCACCCGGUCCGUGGCGGUGCCGCUGGAGCGCCUGCGACCCGGGGUCAGCUACGAGUUCCGAGUCAUUGCCGUCAACCGCUUUGGCUUCGGUCAGCCGAGCAAACCCUCAGCUGCACUCGCUGCUUUGUCCGAGCGACCAUUCUAUGAGGAGUGGUGGUUCUUGCUGGUCAUGGCGCUGGUGGGCCUCAUCCUCAUUCUCAUCCUAGUUUUCACUUUGCUGCUGCAUGGGCACGGCAGCAAGUACAAAGCCUGUGGCACAGGCAAACACAUGUCUUCAGUAGAGGAGUCUGUCACACUGGACAAUGGAGGUUUCACCACACUGGAGCUCAAUAGCAGAGCGCUUACCAAUACCAAGAACACCUUCUUGAAAAAGAACGGAACAAGGUCACCUCCCAGACCAAGUCCAGGCGGACUUCACUACUCAGAUGAGGACAUCUGCAACAACUACAAUGGAGCGGUUCUGACAGAGAGCACUACACUCACUGAGAAACCAACCGAGGUUUCUGAGUCAGAGUUGACGGACAGCGACUACGAGGACGAGCAGCCCAAGCACUCCUUCGUCAACCACUACAUGAGUGACCCUACCUACUACAAUUCGUGGAAGCGGCAGCCCAAAGGUCUCAAGCCACUGGGUUCGCCGUUCAGCUACGAGGAGUGUGCCACCGCCGCCCCUGACUCAGAGCCGUACUACCAGACCGUGGUCACCCAACACAGCGCAGGCGGAGUCUACACGCCCACGGGACAGCCGGCGCUCACCCACGCCAAUCCAAACACCAACCCGCAAGGCUCACGCACGCCCGUGACGGGAUUUUCCUCCUUUGUUUGAGCAGGGUGUGCACACCGUGACACUCCUUGACAGGAGAGUAGAAGCCUUGAGGGAAGGGGAGACUUGAACUUAAUGCCUCAAAAGAAAAAAAAACAAAAAAGAACUGAUGCAACACUCUUCUCUCCAACUCUUUCAUGCUUGGGUGUCACUGUGCUCCCACAACACAUACACACACUAUUAGCAUCCCCCCCACACAUGUCCACGUCUACAUGGACACUACAGAGACUCUCAGAAGGAGAGAACUGAGCCGGUGGUACAUGGAAAAAUCAGCACAAAAAAGCUUCUUGUCUGUCAUCUGUCUUUACCUACACACACGCACACUCCCAAAAUACACACAUGCACCAUCUGAUUGGACAUGUUUUUGGGGGAGAAGAUGGCACAGGAGCAAGAAGAGUGGACUUGUGCACAAAUAUGAAGAUGACAGCUUUAAAAUACUUUUGGGGAAUGAAAAAGUAAGUGAAAAUCACUGUUUUAGGAGGUGAGCGUGUGUGGACUCUCCUCCAGCACUUGGAAUUGUGUGUGAUUGUGCUUUCUGAUUACAUGAAAACUGUAUUUUUUCAAUUUUAUUUGAUGCUGCCAACAAGUGAUGCUUUUACUCAGCUGAUGCCCCUUUCCGUUUUCUUUUACCAUUUUUUUUUUUCACAAGUUUUGAGUGUGUUUGUUCGACGCAUGCGCUCAGAAAGGAUCUUCUUUAAUCGCAACGAGCGCCAUUGUGUUUGUAUUUUUUCAAAAUAGAUUUUGUAUAUGUCAGAACAAAUUCAAAUUGGCCGAGCUUUGACCCGACCAGACUGAGCUGAUACACACAUACUUUGUACUCCACAUGUAUAAUUUAAAUUUUCAAGCCAGCCAGCAGCCUACAGCACUCUGUCACACGUUUUGAAGCCCAUAUGGUGUGUGAAUAA